AUGACAUCCAACCUGUUGCCUCACGCCUUCUUAUGGGCCGCCCUACCAGCCCAGCUGCUCGUCAGUGCUCUGCCUGCACACCAUAACAGCAACGGCGCAAUCACAAACCAUACGUUCCAUGGCAACACUACCGAUGUGGACGUCGUGGCCGCUGAACUUGAUCCUUUGCUUGAACUGCUUGACAAUCAUCGUGGCGAUGAUGAACUCUUCAAGCGAGCCGACGAAGAGUCUUCCAGCAACAUCCCGGAGACUGGCAGACCCGAUGAAUCUACAAGCUACUACGUCACGGGAACCGGAGACUUAUCACAAACGCCGUCGAACGGCGGUGAACAGUUCAACGCUGUCAAUGUUGACACGUCCAUUGCAAGGGGUAACGCCAUGCUAUCACUACUCCGUGACGACCCAAUCACUCCCCAUGAGCUUCGACACAGCCGAUUCAAUAACUUUGCCGAUCUUGAGAGGCAUGGCUGGUCUUGGAAUGACCGUCCCGCGCAUCAAGAGGAUGGGAAGCUGCAGAGUGCCAUGGCGAAGCUCAACAUUGGUGCGUUCUACGGUAUCGAUGAUGUCGAGGCGAAGCAUAACACACAGACCAUGAUUGCGGAGAUGGAAUAUGCGGCUACGGGAGCUGUGUACCGCAACUACUACGACUUUCGCAAACAUGCCAUAGUGAGCACUAUCUACAACAGCCCGGACAGCGCAAGCGGAUUUGGCAAACAGUACCAAAAUCUGCUACCACCACUCCAGGAUUGGUCUGAUGUGACCUUCCUGACUCUGCAGCGUUUCAGUCAGGGACCAUACCCCACCGCCCUGAACUCGGUGAACGAAAUCGUCUUUGCUGGAGUCUCUGAUGCCCCCACCAUCAGCGUCCUGGACUUCGUGCUCGAAGAGAUCGAAAAAGGCUGGAGGAGCCGAGAAGCGAUUGCAUACCCCGGGGCAAAGUUCCGCGCGGGAUCCGCUGACGAGGUGGAGCGAGACUCAUUCGUGGCUAUACUUGGCACGCCUGUUGGUAUGAGCGUUGCGAAGCUACUUGGACAACACCGAGACCGGUCUGGGUUGUUUCGAAUCACGAGCAUUGAUGUCUUUUGCAAUGGUUGUGAUCCGGCGUGUCCGGAUCCUUAUGUUGUCUUUCACCUUCAGGAUACGCCGGAGACUGGGGCUGGUAGGACUGUGGUCAGAAGAAGUGGCGCUGUCAGAUCCGGAGGAGUAGAUGAUGCAAACGUCACCGAUGAGUUUCUUGACAGCCAACGUGGAGACAACAAAGUGGCCAAGCGACGCGAAGUCCCUUCAUGGGAGUCUCCCGGACAUCCAGAUCCUCAUUACGCUGUGUCGAUACACAACGCGUUCGACCGCGGCAACGAUCGCUCAAGGACCGAGAGUUUCAGUAGCAAUGGCUCCUCCGGAGUCUCUUCUGAUGAUGAUUAUGAUAAUGUGUCAAGGACCGAUGCCUCACACGGUCUCUCCGAUGAUGCACAAGCCGAUCUUCCACCCGACAAGGCGGCACAAGAGCAAAGCAGGUGGACGGACAGCAACGAUCUCGCUAAAUACGGAUGGGUAGUGUUCGAAGCUCCGCAAGACGAGGUCGAGGAGGACUUCGCCUGGGAAGGCAUGGGGGAGAUAGAGACUGAUUUCGAAAAGCCCAAACUAGAAGGCUACAUCUCCGAACACCAGCACGAGGUCGAGGUCGACGGCGUAAAAUACCCUUACACAUUUGGCCUCUACAACAACUACUACAACCUCAACCGCGGCGUCAUUAUUAUGGUUCAGGCCGAAACGCCCCAAGAAACCGGGCCCGACCUCGAGCCUCCGGUCAAUGGCCCGUAUCCACCCCUUUCGGACUGGUCCGAUCUCACGUAUCUGACCUUCCAAAUAAUCACACGACCGAACCCAAACAGCCGCAAGAACCUCAGAGUUCUGGUCUUUGCUCUCAUCUCCGACGACUCGUUCCACGCAGUCUUCGAGCAGAUCAUGUGUGCCUCUGACAUGGAUUCCGAUGGAAACUCCUGGGACGACAGGCUGGGUUUCGAAUAUGGCUCAGUCGAACAUACGGCUCUUAUGGGCACGCCGCCUGGCAUUGCUGCGGCAAACUUUCUCGGUCAGCACAAACAGCAGCUAGGGUGGCUAGGCGUUGCAAGAGUCGAGGUCUUUCGCGAUGCAGCUUCAGGACCGGACGAUGAACCACAGGGUUAUAUGGUUAUGCAUCUGGAGCAUGGGUCUAAGCUCCAGCCGGGCAAAGGUAGCAUCCUUGGGGAGGAUCUGGCUGAAGAACCAGAGUCAACCGGGUCCUCUCAUGAUACGGCGAUGCAAAUUCGAAGCUCAAGCUCAGAAGAGGAACCGAGUUUGGAGGGAUGGGCUUUCCAGCAGGGCGCACGACAAGAGCUCGCGGGCCGUGAUGUUGAUGGCACAGCACCAGCGACUACAUUCAACGAAGCGAUCUACUUAAAGUGGGGCUGGACCAUGACUGACCAGGAGUGUGAUGUCGCCGAUCCGGACGAUGCCAUUCAAUCCAUAGUGGAUAGGUACCCAGAGCACGGAAAGCUCCAAUCGCAGACCUGGACGCACACCAACGACGUUGAGGUAGAAGGUGUCGAAUACAAAGCCACCAACGGCGAGUAUGACAACUCGUACAGUCCCGGCGUCAUCAUCACGAACGACAACAUGAGUCCUCAUGAAAUGGCACCCAAACAACGACCACCGGUAACAGGUCCACUACCAAAGCUGCAACACUGGUCACAGGUCGCUGCCAUUUUGUAUAUGGACUUCUUCCGCACGACAGAACUACAAGCAGUGGUGCGUAGGGUCAUUACGGAGGAACGAAGCAGAGCUGUCAUCAAGCAGAUCGUCCAAACUUCCUCCGCAAAGAUCGAAACGCAGAAGGUGAGAUUACCAGGCCAACUGUCGUUCUUGCCGGGGCAGGAACCAUACUACGCUUUACUGGGUAUUCCCCAUGGCAAGAGUGUUGCCUACCUCCUCGCGCAGCAGCGCGACAUUCUCGGCGAUAAGUGCGUCAAGGAGAUUCACUUGUGGUGGCGACUCACUUCUCCCUAUCUGUGGUAUGAAAUAGGCCAGGCACCUUGUGGAGCGGCGCUCGCUGGGUCGAGCAAGCAGACUUCAUCGUCGAAGCAUACACCGAAGGUACCAGACCAACCUGAUCUCAGCCUUGCGAAGCCGCAGCUCACUGCUGAAAAUGCGAUCGGGAGCUUUACACAGCCUCAGAGGCCUAGCUUGGUUCGUCAUGGAUAUGCAAAGCGAGCUGACAAUGGACAAAGCACCAACGAAGAAGACGCUAUCCUGUCAAGAUUCCGACAGGCAGGUGAAGCGUAUAGCUACGAGCUUAACAGUGUGCAUUACCACUUCUCGCAGCCAUCGCGAUUUAGAGCGGGCCAGCUGGAAGCUGCCACUGCGCGGUCAGGUUGGUGCUUUCAAGGCGAACCUCAAUCGACGCCAUUCUGUAACCCGCCGCUGGGUCCAGCUCUCGCCAUGAUGGACAUACAGAAUGGCGGGCCAUUAGCAAUACGGACGUGGCAAUUUGACCCCGACCCUGAUGAUGGAGACGCCCAGGUAGCUGUCGUUUCCGGACUCUACGCGAGAGGGCUCGUCGUCGCUGUUGAGACCGUGAGUCCUUCAAACGUAAUGAGGGACGGCGCUCGGCCCCCUGAGCUACAAUUCUGGUCCGAUAUCGCUUUCAUUCAAUAUACACAGCUUUAUCCGCAGAACCGCUUGAAGAACGUCGUUCGUAUGGCAGUCGUUGAGGAUGAUACGGCCCUCGUCGUUGAAGCUAUCCGACAAUCCAGACGACUUAGCGACGACCGCUCCAAUGCCAUGAACUACCCUCAGACACCGAACGCAAUCGUGCUGUAUUGGGGCCAGCGGGACUCCAAUGCUACACUCGGGACAGCUGGUGGUAAGGGAGUUGCGAAUAUGCUGCUGCAACACAGGGAUGAUCUUGGACAUCGUUGUGUUCAGGAGAUUAGGAUAUGGUAUGGUCCUGAUAAGGACUCUUCACAUAUCUGGUUCCGCAUCAAGAGUGCGCCAUGUGGACCUUCUCCUCAAGAAUCACGACGUUCGAAGCGGUCUGAGGGUGUAACGCUUAGUGAUAUUGAGAGUGCGGGUGCGAGUGACGCUGCACCUCCAACAGUAAACGACGAACAGAAAGCACUAGACACAUUAAGCGCCAAAGGAGGGGGAUGGGCUCUCGAUCUCGACGAUACCAACCCAGACCUUUGGUGUAACGCCGUGUUCAAGGCGGCCUCCAACUUCGUACCUUCCGGCCGAGCCUUGAAUUUCAUCUACAAGCAACAACAAGAACACAUCGCGGUGCGAAAGAUUACGUGGAAACAUGACAGACAAGUCACGUCUUCUACAGGGCCCCUUCAACCGACGAUGGCAGAGUACUCCAAUGCUUACCUCCCCGGUACGAUUAUCGGCCUGAGUAAUGAGAGCCCGAAACAACGAGGUAUCUCUAGUGGAAUCGACUUGAACAAUGCGGAUAAUAUUCCAGCACUACAGUUCUGGUCUGACAUCACUUUCUUGCAGUAUAUGUCAAUGUUCCCAAUGCGACCUUUGCAAGCUAUCAUCCAACAAAACGUGUACAAUCUCGAAACGAAGGAGGCGGUCGAUGCGAUUCGGCAUAUCGACUACAACCUUAGGGACGAACCCAUUCUGACAGAUUACCCACAGUUUCCGGGCCUUCAGCUUGACUAUGGAUCGAAGGCUUUCUUUGCUCUGCUAGCUGUACCAGUUGGAAGAAGUAUCGCUCUCAUGCUAAGCACGCAUCGGGAUGAACUUCGGCCGCUAUGUGUUUGGGAGAUCAGGGUGUGGUGGGAUACUGGCAUGGAGAAUACAACGAUCUGGUACAGGAUCAAAGUGACGCCUUGUGGGCCACCUCGUGGUCCAGCAGGGCCUGCCAAGCGAAGUAACAACGACUUGCAGUCUGACCCCGGAAGACUUGGAAAGCGCGUCGAUCCUGCUUACAUCAGUGCGCCAUCGACCCCCGAGGACGACAUGAAGCUUCUGACCACACUGAGUAAGGCUGGUGGUGCAUGGGCUGUGGCGCUUGACAGUAAUGAUCCGAAGUACUGGGAGCAUGGCGUCUACCAGUAUGGUCAACUGCAAGAGAAGACAGCUAAAUGGGGUUGGACACUGGAGAGCAGUAUGCAAAGUUCCGCUGCUGCUAUGCUUCCCGCAACAGUUCCAGUAUUCAAGGACAUCUAUGGCAAAGAUCUAUCCAAGAUAUCGAUGUGGGCAUAUCUGGAGUCCUGGGGCCAAGCAUGGCAGAAAAUAGUCGCCCAGAAUAUCAAAAGCCCCGCGAGCAGUGGUCCGAAGCAGAACCCACCAAAUCACGGACCAUACCCUCCUCUCGAACACUGGUCCGAUCUCACGUUUCUACAAUACUCCGACCUCUUCUGCAACGACCCUCUACAAAAUGUCAUCCAGCUCGAAGUCUACAAUAAACAGGCCAAACAAGUCGUCAACGCCAUCAGGCACACUAUCUUCGACCUCAACGAUGACACAACUAACCCCGCCAACUAUCCGGCCUUCCCAGGCCUUACAAUCGUUUUCAACACCAAAGCAUAUAACGCCCUCCUGGCGAUCCCGAACGGCAAGGGCAUAGCCCAGCUUUUGAGUCAGAACAGAGCGACUUUGGGCCAUAAGUGCGUCGAAGAGAUUCGAUUUUGGUAUGAUUUCGACAUCACGCACGAUACACCGACGAUGUGGUACAAGGUGAAGGAUGCGCCUUGUGGCUCUCCUGGGGCGGAGCUGGCUAACGACCCGGAGAAACUUGCGCAAGCGACGCAGGAGGAAUUCGAGAUGGGUCUACUGGAGACAACAUGA